AUGGGAACUCAUCGAAAUGACAGAGAGAUAGUCUACGCCCUGGAGAAGCUCGAACCAAAAGUGAAGUGGCCGCCAAAGAUGAGAUCAGACCCUAAUACCAGAAAGUCCGAUGCCUUCUUUGAGUUCCACCAAGAACGAGGACACAAGACGGAAGACUGCAUCGCCCUAAGGCAGGAAGUCGUGAAUAUGCUACGACAAGGACAUCUUAAAGAGUUGCUAAGCGAUAAGGGAAAAACCAAUUUCGCCAAAGGAUGCGAACAUCAAGGGCUACCCAAACCACCCUCACCAGCCCGUACCAUCAACAUGAUCAUCGGAGACGAUGCCUCUAUCAACAGCGUGAAGUUCACCACUACCCAAAAGCUCAAGCGAUCCAUCACCCGCGAACGGUACGACGAACUCAAAGAAAGUACCAUCUUCGACAAGUCGGAUGCCGACGGUUUGAUCUUUCCUCAUCAUGACGCCCUCGUUAUUACUCUACGAAUUUUGUAUAUUGGUGUUAAACGUAUUAUGAUAGAUGAUGAAAGGAGUGCAUGCAUUAUUCAUCCCCGAGUACUUACCCAAAUGAAACUCGAGGAUAAGUUAGUGUCGCGUUGUAUCACGCUAACUGGUUUUAACAAUGCAGUUGAACAGACAUCCGGGGAAAUUACUCUCCCCGUUUUGGCCAGCGGUGUGACUCUAGAAACAACAUUCCACAUCGGUACGCGAGGAAGUGGAAAAACUGUUAGAAAAUGGUUCCUUCAGGGAAUCAAAGUACCCCAAGUGGGUCGCCAACGUGGUAAUGGUUAA